AUGGCCGCGGUCGAGCCCAUCGCCUCCGCCGCCCAGAACCUCCACAAAACAUGGCUACUACUAGGAUAUCAGCCAACGCAUACCGGAGCUCGACCUGGACCUGUCGCUCUCGGCAUGCCGCCCAUGAGUGUGGUCGACAUCGGCAGCGGGUUCAUGGCCGAUGAUGAUGAUAAUGUUAAUGAGGACAAUAUGGAGGAAGAAAAUUUGCAGCCUUCAUCUAAUCCUAAUGGUGAUGAUCAAGAUGAUUCUCUUUUAUCUAUGUUGUUUUUCAAGAUGGCUCGCACGAAGCAGACUGCUUAUAGAUCAACCGGAGAGUGGAUCCCCAUGCAUCCUGUUCAUGGAGGGAAGGCGCCUCGCCAGCAGUUACGCACCAUGGUUGGAAGAAAGACUGUAGCAAGGAAGGCGCCUCCCGAGCAGUUGGUCACUGGAGGUGCAAGAAAGCCUUACCGUUACCUCCCUGGAACAAUUGCUCUUCGUGAAAUACGUGAGUACCAAAAGGGCGCUGAUCUUCUCAUAAAGAAAUUGCCGUUCCAGAGGUUGGUCAGAGAGGUUGGUCAAAAUUUGAAGGCUGAUCUCCGUUUUCAGAGCCAUGCCCUUGUCGCCCUGCAGGAGGCAGCGGAAGCUUACCUCGUCGGCCUCUUCGAGGACACCAACCUGUGCGCUACACAUGCCCAGCGCAUCACCAUCCUGCCUAAGGACAUUCAGCUGGCUAGGAGGAUCCGUCGCGAGAGGGAGCUCGGCGGCACAGUUACCCGAUCGAUUGUGCGGCGACCUUUUGGAAGGAAUAUCAGAAGCGAGAGUGUGGGUUGUGGAGACAGGAAGCCUUACCGUUACCGCCCUGGAACAGUUGUUCUUCAUGAAAUACGUAAGUACCAGAAGGGCACCGAUCUUCUCAUAAAGAAAUUGCCGUUCCAGAGGUUGGUCAGAGAGGUUGCUCAGAAUUUAAAGGUUGAUCUCCGUUUUCAGAGCCAUGCGCUUCUCGUCCUGCAGGAGGCAGCGGAGGCUUACCUUGUUGGCCUCUUCCAGGACAGUAACCUGUGCGCUACACAUGCCAAGCGCAUCACCAUCCUACCUAAGGACAUUCAGCUGGUUAGGAGGAUCCGUCACGAGAAGGCAUAG